UUUCCGAAAAUGUUUCCCAAAGGGUUGACGUGUAGCGGCUCCGCGGUUUCUAUGCUGCUGAUUGGGCUACUGAUUGGCCUCGGCGCCAACCUGGACCGCGUGAGCGGCGACGUGGGCCUGGUGCACCGGCGGUUCGAGUACAAAUAUUCCUUCAAACCUCCCUAUCUGGCUCAGAAGGAUGGCACGGUACCUUUCUGGGAGUACGGUGGUCAUGCGAUUGCCAGCUCAGAAAACGUGCGCAUUGCACCGUCCUUGCGCAGCCAGAAAGGAGCCAUUUGGACGAAGCAGAGGACGAACUUUGACUGGUGGGAGGUGGAGAUCGUUUUUCGGGUAUCCGGUCGAGGACGCAUCGGUGCAGACGGUUUGGCUUUCUGGUACACCUCGGAGAAGGGCAGCUAUUUGGGCGAUGUGUUCGGUUCAUCCGACCGUUGGGUCGGUCUUGGUAUCUUCUUCGACUCGUUCGACAACGAUAACAAACACAACAAUCCGUACAUUUCGGCCGUCUUGAACGAUGGUACGCGACAGUUUGACCAUCAACAGGACGGUGCAACACAACUUCUAUCCGGUUGUUUGCGUGACUUCCGUAACAAACCGUUCCCAACCCGGGCAAAGAUUGAGUACUACAAUAACAUUCUUACGGUCCUGUUCCACAACGGCAUGACAAACAACGAUCAGAACUAUGAAAUGUGCUUCCGGGCAGAGAAUGUGGUGCUACCGAAGACGGGUUACUUUGGCCUAUCGGCAGCAACCGGUGGACUCGCCGACGAUCACGAUGUGUUCCACUUCCUGACCACGUCGCUACACAUUCCCGGCCAGUUUAAGGAGGAACCCGCACCGGGCGAGGAUGCAGCUAAGCUAACGCAAGAGUACCAGGACUAUCAGAAAAAGCUCGAGCUGCAAAAGGAAGAGUACCGUAAGGAGCAUCCGGAUGAGCAUAAGGACGAUCUGGAUAGCUUGUUCGAGGACUUUAAUGAGCGUGAGCUGCGCCAAAUUUGGGAAGCACAAACGAACACAUUUGAACAGUUGCGUACGCUUAGCUCUAAGCUAGAUGAGGUGAUAGGUCGCCAGGAGCGCACGUUGGGUUUGCUGUCCGUAUCGGCUCAGGCUGGUGGUGCGGCAGGUGGUGCACCACCGCCUCAGAUCGCUGCCGGUGGUGCCGGUAGUUCGAUCAUGCGUCACGAGGUGGACGCACUGUUGCAGAAUCAGAACGUGAUGGUGCAAACGGUGCGCGAAAUCCGUUCCAUCAUCGGCGAGGUACACGCUCGUACGGAUAGCAUACUGAACAAUCAGGCCCGGGCACCAACGGCACAGGUGCAAGCUGGCGGAUAUGAUGUGCAAAGCUUGAUGAAUGAGAUGCGCGAUGGUAUGAACCAGGUCCGUCAAGGUGUCGCUGGUGUGGCUCAAAGGCUACAAACGGGACCGCAGGUUCAAGGGUCCGUACAGUGCCCAACGCAAACCUGUCUCAGCUUGACGGCAUUCCUGGUGGCGAUAGUGGUGCAGCUGUUGGUGAUGCUAGGUUACAGUAUGUAUAGAGACAGUCGAGAGGCUCAGGCGAAAAAGUUUUAUUAGCUAGCAAAAUAACUUAUAUUGAUCGUUGAUCGUGAAGGUUGCUUUUUUCGAGCAACAAACAUCAAGCAUACAGUCAAACAUGAAUGGCAAAAAACAGGCAGCAAACAUACAUGCGUACCAUGAUCACUCUUUUUUUUGGUUUUUGUCCAAGCAUUAUGUUGAGUGCUUUUCAUUUUGUUUAUUGGCGGCAACACUUUCGAUAAGAAAAGCUACCCCGUCAUUUGUUUUUUAGGAUGAUUGAAGAUUCCUUUUAAGCAGUAACACAAGAGUCUUAAUUGAAGGUAAUUUUGUAUUUUUUUUUUCAUUUCCAAACGAAAGUGCAUUUAACGAUACGCGUUGCAAAAGAAAAGAAGAAACAAAAUGAAAUUGAAGUUUGAUGGGCAAUAAUUGGACAUGAUAGACACCAUAUUCAGUUGUAGUAUGCACGGUGAAUAACUUUUGAUAAAUAGCUGGAAUAAUGUUAAUCACUCGGCAUCAGUUUGCUCUCACUUUGUCAGGCCAAAAACUAUCCAUCGCUUCCACUAUCCUGCAUGCACCGUUACCGGAGGAUGGCAGGGGUGCUCAAAAAGUUAACACAGAUGUUUCACUGGAUGUACUUCUAACAUUCUACUUAAAGGCAAUGUGCGCAAAAGAAAAGUGAGAAGAGAGAUUAAUCGACAAACAGUAGUACUAAAACAAAACCUACCUGAUCGCGUACCCGUGGGUCGUGCUUUUGGGCGAGCGUUUUGAUCGUUUGUUUUCACCAUCAUAUUCAUGGACUUUAAGUUUCCAACAUUGUUCUGCUGUGUUUAGGGUAGUUAUGAUAUUUUUUCUUGUCAUGAAUAUACAAUUGAAUGAAAAAAAAAACGGAAAAUAAACAGUCUGCUACGAUUUACAAUGUACAAUCAGGGUUU